UAUAAAUACAUCCUUGCUUCUCCAGCCCCGACUCCCGCAUUAUCUGCUCUACAACUCUUCUUCAUGGCUCCUCCCAGAGUUUGGUUCAGUGAGUAGCUUGAAUUGUUGUGGGAGAACUGAUGCUGAUCGACUAUUAUGCCCGAAGUCACUGGAGCGUCCUCGGGGUUCGGAAGGCACCUCACCGAGCUCGUCCUCCAGCACGGCGACAUCGCCAUUGCCACGCUCCGUACGCCCUCCGCACUUGCCGACCUCGCCACGUACUACUCGCCCAACAAACUGCUCGUCCUCCGACUCGACGUGACCAAGCCGCACGAGAUCUCAGAUGCGUUCGCGCGCGCAUGCUCGGCGUUCGGUCGCGUGGACGUCGUGUUCAACAACGCGGGGUACGGCGUGAUGAGCGAGGUGGAGGGCGCGCCGGACGAUACUGUCCGCGCGAUGUUUGAGGUGAACUUUUGGGGUGCUGUGAAUGUGAGCAGGGAGGCGGUUAGGAUCUUCCGAGAGGUGAAUGCGCCUCCGGGUGGGAGGCUCCUCCAGGUAUCUUCGGCAGGAGGCAUACAGGGCUUCUCUGCGCUGGGUUUCUACUCUGCAAGCAAGUUUGCUAUCGAGGGCAUCAGUGAGGCGCUCGCUGCCGAACUAAGACCUGAGUGGAACAUCAAAGUUAGCAUCUUCGAGCUCGGCGCCUUCCGCACGAACGCCGGCAAGAAUAUGGUGCGCACCGCGCCGCACCCCGCAUACAUUGAUCCGGAGAAGCGGCUCGCGAUUGCACGCGCAUACCUGCAGGUGAACCCGCCUAUGCCGAGUGAUACGAGCAAGGGCACACGGGCCAUUUAUGCGCUCGCGGCAAUGGCGGAACCGCCGCUGCACGUUCCGCUAGGGAAGGACGCCGUAAAGGUGGUAAAGGCCAAAGCAGAGACGUUGGCGCAGUGUGCGGAGGAUUGUGCGCCGUGGUCAGAGAGGCUGGAGUUGGCUCCUGGGGAGGGGGCACGGUUGUGAUCUACGAUGUGUGUCUUUCUUGGGUUGAUAUAACGGAUCUAUUUCUGUUUUAUUGGAUUAUUCAUCUCCGGCAGUUAGCUGGGCGUGAGACGUUAGGGUCAUUGCAGACAGCUGUUCAAAUCACCCCUGGGAUUUGAUCUGCAGAAGAAGUUGAUGCUA